AAACUUGAAAACCAAAUUAAGCCAUUUCUUGAGUGAUCUCCCAAAGCAUUUACAAAGAAGUGUACCAUAGGUCAUCUGAUUCCGAGGAUGAAUCGGCGAAGUGGGAAAAGUUCAAGAGAAGUCAAAUUGAAAUCAUCAAUAAUCGACAAAGAACCACCUCCAAAUUUGCUUCCAUCGAAGCACGAAUUUCCCAAACUCCUCCUCGUCCUCACCGUCGCAUCGUUAGUUGCUUGGUCCUCCAAUCUUCUCUUCACCUCUUUCCUUCAUCCAUCAACCAAACCCUUCUGCGACACCAAUUCCCUUCAUAAUCACUUUCCCGAUAGUUGUGAGCCCUGUCCAAGUAAUGGAGAGUGCAACGAUGGCAAAUUGGAAUGUCUUAGGGGUUACCAAAAGCAUGGCAACUUGUGUGUAGAAGAUGGAGAUAUCAAUGAUUCAGCUCGAAAAAUUGCGGAUACAGUGGAGCGUCACCUCUGUGGAGAAUAUGCUCAAUUUUUAUGUUCUGGAACUGGAUCAAUUUGGGUUCAUGAUGAUGAUUUGUGGAAUUAUAUUGAGCCAGUGGAAAAUGUCAAAGAGGGCAAUGCACUUUAUAAUUAUACAAAACAAAAGGCCUUUGAUAUGAUGGAUAAAUUAUUGGAGAUGAGGUUAACCACUCAUGGGAUGAAGGAAUUCAAGUGUCCGGAUUCGCUAGUGGAGCAGUACAAGCCAUAUGCCUGCCGCCUUCGUCAGUGGAUCACACAGCAUAUUCUAGUUGUUUUGCCCAUAUGUGCCAUGCUUGUAGGAUGCAUGAUUUUGUUCUGGAAUGUCCGUCGAAAGCUACGCGUGUCGAGACGAGUUGAGGAGCUUUACAAUAAGGUCUGUGAAAUACUUGAAGAGAAUGCAUUGACAUCAAAAAGUGUAAAUGGUGAAUGUGAACCCUGGGUUGUUGCUUCUAGAUUACGGGAUCACCUGCUUUUACCAAGAGAGAGGAAGGACCCUUUAUUAUGGAAAAAGGUAGAAGAAUUGGUUCAAGAAGAUUCUCGUGUAGAUCGCUAUCCAAAGUUGGUAAAGGGUGAAUCAAAAGUGGUAUGGGAAUGGCAAGUUGAAGGCUCUCUGAGCGCCACAAAGAUGUUGACUAAAAGAGAUGCAAGCAAAACGAUGGUCAAUAGAAACACAGAACUAAAUAGUCAACAACGCCCUACAAUGAAAGCAGAGCCCAUGGAGCCACAUUUUUGAUACUGAAACUUCUUUGAAUAGUAACCCGUGUUCCGUGCAAAUUAUGAUGGCUGAAACGUAGUUUAACAUUGUAUGUCUAGAAUUUAUCAAAAAUAAAUAAAUCAUUGUAUGUGUAGAAAAGUUUGGGUGAGAAGAGAAUGUAGGAUAUCCUCCUGUUGUUUACAUUUGCAGCUGCAUGGGGCAAUCGUGUAAACCUGCAUUUGAUAAAGCGUCAAUUCACCAAAAAAAAAUGCAUAUUCGUGGGACCUGCAUGCAUAAAUUUUGUAAUGUGCUUGUAUUAUUAUCUUAGGGACCAGGGAGAAACAUAACCUCCUUGAAUUUUUUUAUGUUUCUAGGUCUGUAUGUCUUGAUUGACAGUAAACAAACUUGUUAUGCGAUGUAAUAUAAAUUUAAGAAUUUUUCUUCUGAAAUACAAACCCAAUAUAAUUGAACGUGCAAA